GAUUUGGAAAGGAACUAUAUAAAUGCAACAAAUUAUUAUUAUCAACACAGGAUGCGAGAGAGAGAGAGAGAGAGAGAGAGACCUUGAGUGAGGUAGAGAGGUCGUAACAGGAAGAGAGAUAGACAAAGUUAAAAGGAAGUGUUCAUGUCUGAUGCUAGUGAAAGAUGAAUAUAACAACACAUGAUAUACAACAAAUGUCUUCCGUCAACCCAUCUGUUCACUGGCUCAACGGAACCAGCAACGAUCCACAAAGACAGUGCUGGUUACGUCCUGACCCCAUCGACACACAAGUCAAACCCUGGCUCUACCUGGCCCUGUCACUCCUGGGUUUCCUAGCCAACGGCCUGACCCUGAGUGAAUUCAUGAGGUCGGGGAGGACCCCUACCGUCAUCCUGACCCUCAACAUGGUGACCUCUGACCUCUUGCUGUGCACCAGCUUCCUGUUCCGGGUGGUAUACUACCGGAGGGGUCACAUCUGGUCUGGAGGGGACAAGGUGUGUCAGGCCGCCAUGCUAACCAUGAUAACAGUCUUCUACGUCAACCUCUACUGUAACAUAAUGCUGCUUCUCUGGACCAGUGUGACGCGCUACGCCACCGUGGUGCGGCCUUGCCCUGCUCUUCUCGUGCCCUUCACUAGGCCCAGAGAAUGCUGGGUACUCUGCCUCGUCACCUGGGUAACUGUGGUAACGGUGGUGAGUGCCAAUGUGGUAUUUCAGUUCGGACGAGGAAAAGGAAGAGAAGUAGACAGCUGCUUUGACAUGUUGGAGAAUCACCACAGAGAAGCGUUAAACAACCAACACUGCCUGGGGGUGGCCCUGUUUUUUGUGAUUCUCACCUUUAUUCUGGUCAACUAUGGGGGAUUAGUGUUGUAUCUGCAGAAGAUCAGGGGGUCCAAGAACACAAACACAAGUGAAGGAGGGGCAAGGGAGGGACGUGGGGUGAGUACAGGGGUGACCGCAGGGGAUAGGAGGGUGAGUUGUGAGGUGGAAGAGGGGUGUGGGGUGAGUUUAGGGGAGACGGAGGGCAGGGGGGAGAACAUUCAGGGUGUAAACUUGGAGGUGUAUUCAGGGGCAGGAGAGAGGCAGAGGAUGAAGAGUGGUAGUCUGAGAGUACGAAGGAAGAUCCUAGCUGUGGUUGUGGUGUUUGUGGCAUGUUUCCUGCCCUACCAUGUUCAGCGUGCAGUGACCCUGCUCUCACCACAUGGGGGAAACUGUGAGAAGUUGAGAACACAAUGGAAGGCGAAGAAUGCAACUAUAACCAUAGCAGCUCUGAGCUGCAUUGUACAUCCCUUACUCCAUCUGGCCUUGCGCCACCUGCCCUGCUGCAGAAGACUACAGUAAAAGAUAGACCGAACCCACCCACCCACUCACUGCUGUGGGCAACUGUAAGAGGCCUAGGUGGUUGAGAGAAUGCCAAGAGUGUGAAAAGCUGUCAUCAAGGCAUAGGGUGGCUACUUUGAAGAAUCUAAAAUCUAAAAUAUAUAUUUGAUUUGUUUAACACUUUUUUGGUUACUACAUGAUUCGAUAUGUUAUUUCAUAUUUUUGAUGUUUUCAGUAUUAUUCUACAAUGUAGAAAAUAGUAAAAAUAAAGAAAAACCAUUGAAUGAGUAGGUGUCCAAACUUUUGAUUGGUACUGUAUUCAGACCCCUUCACUUAUUUUGUUACGUUACAGCCUUAUUCAAAAGUGUAUGAAAUAAAACAAAAUCCUCAUCAAUCUACACACAAUACCCCACAAUGACAAAGCGAAAACAGAUUUUUUGAUAUUUUUUUGCAAAUUUAUAUAAAAUAAAAUGAAUACCUUAUUUACAUUCAGACCCUUUGCUAUGAGAUUGAGCUCAGAUGCAUCCUGUUUCCAUUAAUCAUCCUUGAGAUGUUUCUACAACUUGAUUGGAGUCCACCGGUGUUAAAAUCAAUUGAUUGGACAUGAUUUGGAAAGGCACACACUUGUCUUUUUAAGGUCCCACAGUUGACAGUGCAUGUCAGAGCAAAAACCAAGCCAUGAAGUGGAAGGAAUUGUCCAUAGAGCUCCGAGACAGGAUUGUGUUGAGGCACAGAUCUGGGGAAGGUUGCUUAAAAAAUUAUUCAGGUCACCAAGAACACCGUGACCUCCAUCAUCCUUACAUGGAAGAAGUUUGGAACCAACAAGACUCUUCCUAGAACUGGCCACCCGGCCAAACUGAGCAAUUGUGGGAGAAUGGACUCUUUGGCCUGAAUGCCAAACGUCAUGCCUGGAGGAAACCUGACACCAUCCCUAUGGUGAAGCAUGGUGGUGACAGCAUCAUGCUGUGUGGAUGUUUGUCAGUGGCAGGGACUGCGAGAAUAGUCAGGAUCGAGGGAAAGAUGAACGGAGCAAAGUAUAGAAAUAUCCUUGAUAAAAAACUGCUCUAGAGUGCUCAGGACCUCAGACUGGGGUGAAGGUUCACCUUCCAACAGGACAAUGGCCUUAAGCACACAGCCAAGACAACGCAGGAGUGGCUUUGGGACAAGUCUCUGAAUGUCCUUGAGUGGCCCAGCCAGAGCCCGGACUUGAACCUGAUUGAACAUCUCUGGAGAGACCUGAAAAUAUCUGUGCAGCAACGCUCCCCAUCCAACCUGACAGAGCUUGAGAGGAUCUGCAGAGAAAAAUGGGAGAAACUCCCCAAAUACAGGUGUGCCAAGUUUGUAGUGUCAUACCCAAGAAGACUCAAGGCUGUAACCACUGCCAAAAGGUGUUCCAACAAAGUACUGAGUAAAAAGUCGUAAUACUUUGUAAUUUUUUUUGCAAACAUUUAUAGAAACCUGUUUUUCCUUUGCCAGUAAACGCACUGUAUUUGUAAUUAUUACUAUUUAAAAAUGUUUUGCCUGUUAUUUUGUCAUUAAUACGUGCCACACAUCAGUUUGCAAACAUUGUAAAAAAUAAUAAUAAUUAAGUUAACAAAGCCACAUACAAACACGGUCCGUUAUAGUACAAUUCAUGUUUUGUUUAGUGUUGUGGCUUUGCUGGCAUGCAUCUAAAACAAAUUGGGGAAGUCUGGCCAAUCAAGAUUUACAUGCUAAAAUCACCACCGCAAGCAACUAUCCUGCACCAUUCCCAGAAAUUUGUGGGAAGGUUGUAUGCAAAAUAACCAUAGGACAACCACACUCUCAUCAAGCUCUAAGAAACAAAUGGUUCUCAGAACGUUAUGUGCUGGCUGGGAGUACUGCCUCUGACCGAUAUAUAGCACAAACACAGCUGAUAAUAGCUGUCACAUCACAAAAACACAUUAGAAUGUAACACGGAUCUUUUAACAAUAUAUACAUUUUCAACACAACAACAACAUGCAUUAUUUGGCUAUAUUUUCUCUUCAGCUACAUGAGUGGUUCUCAGCAGACGUCGGUGGCCCUUAGCCUGUAACUUGGUUCCCUACGGUCUUCCUCUCACCACCUCUCACCCAGACAACUGAAAAUAACUCGCAAAAACCACGCAUGCAAACAGCGUCAGAAACACUCAGUCACAAACUCAAACACACCAACUCUCACACACUUCCCCUCCUCAAAUGUAAUACCAUAGAAACACAGUCAAUAGUACAAACGCAAAAGCGACAAACAGGAAAAUGGAUGCUACACAUACACCUUCCUCAUUUCAACAUAUCAUACAACCACAGUGCCUUCAGAAAGUACUCACUCCACUUGACAUUUUUCCACAAUUUGUAAUGUCACAGCCUCAAUUUUAAAUGGACUAAAUUGAGAUUGUGUGUCACUGGCCUACACACAAUACCCAUGCAUGGACUCACUCUGCGUGCAAUAAUAGUGUUUAACAUGAUUUUGCACGCCCAAUUUUUCAGUUUUUGAUUUGUUAAAAAAGUUUGAAAUAUCCAAUAAAUGUCGUUCCACU